GAUUUAUUUAAUUCCUCCCUCGUCGAGCCUUCUGUCGUGGGUGGUUUUGCGCCCCACUGCAACCUUCCUGUGAUUCCUGCACAUUUGGGUUUAUUUUUAAGCAGAGCCGGGUCGUUUUUGGUGCUGCUGCCUCGAGCGUGCAGCGCUUCAGUUUGUGUGUGAGGAAGCUUUGUGGUGUGGGUUCAAAGGUUUCAGCGCCGAAGCACUUCCUCGUCCUCGGUUGCUCACAUCACUCCGACCUAGAGAGAUCAGCCUGUGAGCGCGCUGACCAUGUGUCCCUUCUAGCUUCAUGUGAGCCUCCAGUCUGUCAGACGGCGACAGCAGGAAGUCUCUGGGAUGCUGAGGAGCUCUGGAGGAAUGUAAAAAUCUGAAUCAGCUGAGUGAUGCCUCGGUCUUUUCUGGUGAAGCGCGGAGGACUGCACCACCUUCGGGUCGCAGUGAGAAGCCCCAGUCCCGGUUCCACCCCGGUAGUGUUCGGCAAGCUAGAGAAAAACGUGGAGUCCUGGGACGCGUCCCUGGGGUGCUCCGCAGCCAAAGAGCCCGAUGAAAAGCAAGCGUCUAUUCUAACUUCACAGGCCGAUAUUUAUGUUUCCAGUUGCGCCGAUGCAAACAUGCAACUUCAGCAAUUCAGUCCAAAAUCUAACGAGUGUGCCUUUAUCAAAGAGGAGAAAGGGGGCGCUGUCUCUCCCGCAACAGGAGCAUGGCUGAGUUCUGCCGUGAGCUCAGAUUAUCCAGACAAACUGUCGGUGGACCUGGGACAUCUGACUCUGCCACAGCACAUCGAGAGGGAGGCGAGGAGCAGCAGCUGCUCCAGGAUCAGUGUACUGAGACACGAGUGUCUGCUCUGUGGCAAAAUAUUUUCAUCUCUGUCAAGCCUGAAGACACAUAUAUGUAAAAGUCAUGGAAACAAAGCUACCCACUUCAAGGCCAGCAGGGCUGAUAAUAAGAAGUCUUCACACAGGGGCAAGGAGAAGACCUUCGGCUGUGAAGUGUGUGGGAAAGUUUUCAAGCGCUCCUCCACCCUCUCCACUCACCUGCUCAUACAUUCGGACACGCGGCCCUACCCCUGUCAGUACUGCGGCAAGAGAUUCCACCAGAAGUCGGACAUGAAGAAACACACAUUCAUUCACACAGGGGAGAAGCCUCAUGUUUGCCAGAUAUGCGGCAAAGCAUUCAGCCAGAGCUCCAACCUCAUCACGCACAGCCGAAAGCACAGGGACGACCGGCCCUACCGCUGCACUCUCUGCCACUACAGCUUCCAGCACAAAGUGGACCUGCGGCAGCACCAGGAGCACCACUGCACCUACCGCUGACCUCUGACCUUUCUCCUUCAUCUCAGAAAACACUUUGAGGACAGAAAUCCCCUCCAUCUGCUGUUCUGUUGAUCGGGUCUCGUGUAUCUACAGACUUCGCUCAGCUGUGUGUCUUUUGUGGCCUAAAACAUCCAUUCAUAUGAAAAGAAAGACUGCUGCAGCUUCGGAUGGAAUUUACAUGUUUAGCUACUGCUGCGCUCUGCACUAAGCCUUUCAAACAUAAACAUUUUCUUAAUCAAUUUCUGAGAUCUGAAUAUAUUUGCAGAGAUGUUUCUCAUGUUUAUUUACUGCACCAGGAGAAGAUAAGGCAAAAAAAAGGUGGAAAGUUUCAAAACUUCUUAGCGUAUCAUUAGCUUAUUUUUAUUUAAUUGUGUUGUACAAGAGAAAUGUUUCUGGCUAUGGGAUUUGCAACCUUUAAGACUCACAGAAAGGUAUUUAUUUUACCAUUUUCAAAUAAGUCUAAUUUGUAUGAAGCUAUAAGAAAUACUUUUAUUUGUACUACAAAAGCUCUGGAUACAGAUUUUAUUUUUUUUUAACUGUCGUCUGUGUCCUGAACACCUUUUUUCAGAUGAAUACUUUGUCACUUAUGUGGUUUGUUGAAAACGUUAAAAUAUUUACUCUUCUGAAGGCAAUUAGUUUAUUCUAUUUAGUGUUACCAGAAUAAAUGUGUUCACAGAUUUGCAUUUCUGAAAACCUGAAAAGUGAUGUAUUAUUUUCCUUUCAUUUCAAAAUCAUGCUGUACUUUGUGUUUGUCGGAUAAAAAGUCAACAAAUGGAA